AUGGACCCGGAAACUGAGGUCGGAUUCGAAGAACUAAGAAAAAAAGUGGAUCUUAGUGCCUUAAUGGUAGAAGGGCUGGGAGUUAAAGGGAAUAUACCAGAGGAUGAGUUGAUCGAUUUCCAGGACGACGUCGCGCCAUCUGGUGAAUUCAUUGCUGAAAACUUCAAACAUGUUCAUAAAUUAUCACUUCUAAAGAACCUUAAAUUUGACUAUGUAGAGCUUGGUAAUGGGCUUCGUUGUAAUCAAAGGCUUUCAGAUAAGUUUAUCAAAUCUGAUAAUCCAAAAUCUGGUGACGCUGAUUCAUUUUUCGGGACAGUAGUGCAUGAUAUAGUGUGUAUAAAGACCUUAUCAAAAUCCACCCAAAUCUCGCUCCUAAAAACUCCAAAGCAUCAUCCAAAGUCGGACGAAGGCAGGACAACAUCUAAUGUCUUUGAUGCUAAGAGACUACACAAUGGUGAAUUUUCGGAAGUCCUAAGAAAAUGCCUUCGAAUCCGCUGGUGGCCGAGCAUCAUACCGACUCUCUCCAACUUCAUUCGUAUGCAGUCCGUUGUAGAUGAUACCUCUAUCACCAAAGCAAUACGAUUUACACCCAUGUUAUCCCACUAUGCUGCCCUGGGGUCUUUAUAUCUCAUCACAAUAGAGCUCAAUGCAAGCUUAGUACCUACCGUCAUCACGUCAGAUGUUGAAGACCUCCAAAUAGCAGAAUCAAGGGUCUAUGGAUUCGAAAACCGGAAAUGCGUUUCCAAGACUACAUGUAGUAAAAACCAUCUCUCGCUUUCCUAUGCUGCCAUACUUGGCUGGCUACUGAGUAAUGUCGUUGAUAUAGCGGAUGAUUUUGCUGAAAAGAUUGGAUUUCAGACCAUGGCCUCUUUGCAGCACAAAUACAGCUCUGAAGUGUCAAAGAGUAUUUCCACCACUAAAAAGGUUAGCGUCACCCUUACUACCCUCAUUAUGCUGAAAGAACAGUACAAUCUCUCUGAACUGCAGGAAUGGGUGACAAACACCUCCGUCAACCAGCUGAUUGAUGGAGUGAGUCACUACCAAGACCUAUGGAAUCCGAAUAACAUCCCAUAUUGUUCAAGUGACCACUCACUGGAUUCCUAUGUGAAUAUCCGACUUUUCAAUUGGCCUCAUAACCACGAUUCGAAUCAACUCGAAUCUGCCUUUAGUGAGGCAGUUGGAAUGCCAGGCAUUUUCUGGAGCAUCCAUGAUCCUGGCACACGAGAUCCAGUAAUCCAAGACUCAUGGACUCCGACAAGCGAUUUGAUAAACUCAGCUGCGCAAGACCUCUCCGAUGAUGUUCCAAUGGAGCUUGAUGGUGAGAUUUAUCAAGGCCAACCGGAGAGCACUCUUAUUACGUUCGAUCUACCGAAAAAUGCUAUGAGAGAAAAGAGGAAUGAUUAUUUCAUUCAGAUAUUCAGUUUGCUGGCAGGACUCCAAGUACGAGGUUUACACUUGGCCGGAUCGCGACUAGGAUGGAUAGAGGAUAAUCAGCCAGUGCUCGCCUUUUUAGCCCAUGGGCCUAGAACCAGAUGGUUUGGGCCUCGUUUUGACAAACAGAUGCCCUAUUCACAGUUGCGAUCGCUUGAAAUGAAUCCAAAAUCCUGGCUAAUAUCAAACAUUUUCACUGACAUAAUCCUUCUAGUUUCCACCGAAAUUGAAAGUGUUGGAUGGAUCAUCAGCAUUGCAUUUAACAAACUUGGAUACCGUCUUAUCGGUCUAUCUGCUAAUCAAACUCCACAUCAGCUACAGAGGGAUAUCAACGCAAAUAUGAUGGAUGUAUUGAGUAAACGUUUUGGAGGAGCACAUUUGGACAAGCUAGUGAAGUUCAUUAGCAUACCUUUCACACUCCUCAUCUUGCGACGACCAGAUGCACUCCGAUUUUCGGCAAGCCUACUGGCUGACCUAUAUAACCAAAAUCCUGCAUCUAUUGAGGAAUUGUUCUUUGUUACUGACUAUUCCAAGGGCCUAAUGGAUGCUCUAGACAUAUCGUACACUCACACGCUCCCUGAACUGCAAGUAGAAGGGCAAUUUCCCCAAGUUGAUCUUCCAGGUGAAAUGUCCGGGCCUUCAGAUUGUCCUUCAUUCACUUUCCUCGUUCUGCUCCCUAUCAUGACAUUGGAUCAGCUGUCAAACAUUGAGUACUACUGUAAUACGAUGUGCACCCCAGAAGAUGAAAAGGUUAGUCUGGAGGUGCACCAGACACUGCGAUUCGCCCGUCUCCUUGAACACCUCCUCGGUACACCGCAUGUCCCGGCGGGCCGGCUAAGGGCGCAGUGUAUCGCCGCUAAGUGGAUCAUGACGUACGAUCUCAGUGAUAGGCAUUGGAGCCUAUUUAAACGCAUGACUGGCGGUCGAGACCUCGCAAGGUUUCUUCCUAAACACACCCCAUUUACGUGCCAAGGAACCGCUAUUAUGCUGGUGCACGGUGCUUUCCUCAAGAGGAGAAUUAACAGGGCUAAAAGUGACCUGCAUUCUAGUCUCUUACACACGGAGAACACCACCCUUGUUCCCGCAAAAGAGCCCAGCUUCCAAGUGAUCCAUGCAAAACUUACGGCAAUCAUCAAGACGGGACGCUCUUGUGAGGUAGUAGACGUUGAAUUUGGCAGCCCUCUUCCCGUAUCCCCAAAUACGUACUUGAGCAAGCUGGCGGCUUUGAACAAUGUACUUUACAAUUGUGUCUUUAGAAUUUCCGAAAUGGUCACAAGAAGCUCGGGAAAGAUUAUUCUGCGACUUCAAAGAGUUAAUGCUAUACAAUGGCUUACAUUUCUUCGAGAAGACCACCAUCAAUCGUUGAAAUUUUUGGAUGAAGAAGCCUUUGAGCUCUCCCGAGUCUUAAAGAAUUUGAAUGUCAAAAUCACACCUCACUCUUCUAUUCCAAUAAAUGAGACCGAAAGUGAUUUGUCACUUGACUUGUCAACUGCUCGUUUUGCACGAAUGGGCGAAUCAAGAAGAAUCCAGGGGCCUGGUCCUCUGGCAAUGGUAUUGCAUUUUGUGGAACAUCACAGAUUCCAAAUGGUAGCUGCCAGAAUGGGCUAUCUUGGCCUACCCGAACUGAAAAGCCUUCAAUCAGCAGAUAUCGUAAACUUUGCUGGUGAAAAGAUGGAUACCAACUGGAAUGGCAUAUUGAGUGCGUUCACGAAGGACAUAUACAUGUCAGCAAAGAGAUUUGAGGCCAUGAAGGCAGCCUGGAUAAUGAAGGACUAUCUGCUGCCAGGCUAUGUGGGUGCCUUCGUUGAAGGAGACGUUUUGUAA